GUGUCAGGACGUGUCACGUGAACGUUCCUCUUGGCAGCCCGCUUGAGUAGCUAUGUGAAAAUAACAGUAUAUUUGUGAGGAGGGGUUCCGAACAAGCUCGUUUCGCUGUUGAAGAACUGAUCCAGGAUGCAGAACGUUAUAAACACGGUGAAGGGAACAGCUCUGGGAGUGGCCGAGUUCCUCACUCCUGUGUUGAAGGAAUCUAAGUUUAAAGAGACUGGAGUCAUUACCCCUGAGGAGUUUGUGGCAGCUGGAGAUCACCUGGUUCAUCACUGUCCGACAUGGAAGUGGGCCUCUGGAGAAGAAUCUAAGGUGAAGCCGUAUUUGCCACAAGACAAACAGUUUCUCUUGACCCGUAAUGUUCCAUGUUACAAGCGCUGUAAACAGAUGGAGUAUUCUGAUGAGCUGGAAGCCAUCAUAGAGGAGGAUGAUGGAGACGGUGGCUGGGUGGACACCUACCACAACUCAGGUGUGUUAGGGGUCACAGAUGCUGUACGAGACAUUUCUUUGGACAACAAUAAGGACAAGAACAUGAAUGCCACGUCUGCACCGUGCUGUGAUGACGAUGAAGAGGAGGAUGAAGAUGGAGAAGCAGCAGAUAUGGAAGAAUAUGAGGAAAGCGGCUUGUUGGAAACAGAUGAGGCCACCCUGGACACCAGUAAAAUGGUGGAAACCAAAGCAGAACCUGGCAGUGAGGAUGCCAUCCUCCAGACCAGAACAUAUGACCUGUACAUCACCUAUGAUAAAUACUACCAGACGCCUCGACUCUGGCUCUUUGGAUAUGAUGAAGACAGGCAGCCGCUGACUGUUGAGCAGAUGUAUGAGGACAUCAGCCAGGACCAUGUGAAGAAGACGGUCACCAUUGAGAACCACCCCCACCUGCCUCCACCCGCCAUGUGCUCUGUUCACCCGUGCAGACAUGCUGAGGUGAUGAAAAAGAUCAUCGAGACGGUGGCUGAAGGUGGAGGAGAGCUGGGAGUUCAUAUGUAUCUUCUGAUUUUCCUCAAGUUUGUCCAGGCUGUCAUUCCCACAAUAGAAUAUGACUACACACGGCAUUUCACAAUGUAGUUUCAUCUGUGCCGAAGUACUUCAGCUAACACCGCAUAUCUGGUCUGCUCGGUCUCAAUACAACUAUAGAACUGGUUUAUGUUACUUGGAUGCUUUGUGGAUAUAGGAGUAUUAAGCCACGUGAUUAAUCUUUUCUUGUAUAAUUUGCUUGUUUUCGGUGAAACCCCAAGAGUUCGUAUGAUGAAAGGUAGCAUCUGUAUGAUCCUGUACAGAUGCUAUAGAUGGUUUCUAUUAAAUGUACAACUUGUGAAACUCAGACCAUCUUUCACCGAGUGAUAUUUUGACACACAACUGCUGCAUUUUGACAACUUAAACUUAUCAUUCCUCACUGCUUCAGAUGUACACAUUAGGCUCUAAGAAAUAAAGGAAUAAAUUCAGAUGAAUAAAUCA